AUGGGUCAAGGUGCGUCUACGUAUGGGAAGGACAAAAAGAAGAAGGAUAAGCAGAAGCCAAAGUAUGAACCACCAGUUCAAUCUAAGAUAGGAAGGAAGAAAAGGAGAGGACCAGCAACAGCUGAAAAACUGCCUAAUGUGUACCCAAGCACACGUUGUCGGUUGAAGUUGCUACGCAUGGAAAGGAUCAAAGAUCAUCUACUGCUGGAAGAAGAAUUUGUGACCAAUUCAGAGAUAUUGAAGCCUUUCGAGAAGAAGCAAGAAGAAGAGAAAAAACAAUUGGAAGAAAUUCGUGGCUCGCCACUCUCGGUGGGUACUCUUGAAGAAAUUAUAGACGAUGAUCACGCAAUCGUAACGAGCCCCACGACGCCAGAUUUUUACGUCUCUAUUUUAUCUUUUGUGGACAAAGAGCUUUUGGAGCCCGGCUGCUCAGUUCUUUUGCAUCAUAAGACAAUGUCGAUUGUUGGUGUUUUAGCUGAUGAUGCGGACCCCAUGGUAUCGGUAAUGAAGAUUGACAAAUCACCUACUGAGUCAUAUAGCGAUAUUGGUGGUUUGGAGUCUCAAAUUCAAGAAAUUAAAGAAGCAGUUGAACUGCCAUUAACACAUCCCGAGCUUUACGAAGAAAUGGGUAUCAAGCCCCCUAAGGGUGUAAUUCUAUAUGGUGCACCAGGGACAGGGAAAACAUUGUUGGCCAAGGCCGUAGCAAACCAGACAUCAGCCACGUUUUUAAGAAUUGUUGGUUCGGAGCUAAUUCAGAAAUACUUGGGAGAUGGGCCAAGAUUAUGUAGACAGAUUUUCAAAGUUGCUGCGGAAAAUGCCCCCAGUAUUGUUUUCAUCGACGAAAUUGAUGCUAUCGGAACGAAAAGAUAUGAUUCCAACAGUGGUGGCGAAAGGGAGAUUCAGAGAACUAUGCUUGAGCUUUUGAAUCAGCUGGACGGUUUCGAUGACCGUGGAGACGUUAAGGUUGUCAUGGCUACCAAUAAAAUUGAGAGUUUAGAUCCAGCAUUAAUUAGACCAGGGAGAAUUGACCGCAAGAUUUUAUUUGAGAACCCAGAUAUUUCAACAAAGCGUAAGAUUCUAUCCAUCCAUACAGCUAAAAUGAAUUUAAGCGAGGACGUGGAUCUAGACAACCUUGUGACGUCUAAGGAUGACUUAUCCGGUGCUGAUAUCAAAGCCAUGUGUACAGAAGCAGGUUUGCUCGCUUUAAGAGAAAGAAGGAUGCAAGUUACUGCCGAAGAUUUUAAGCAAGCAAAAGAACGUGUAUUGAAGAAUAAAGUUGAGGAAAAUUUGGAAGGUUUGUAUUUGUAG